AUGGAGGGUAAUAAUGAUCAUAAUCCAAAAGCAGAGAAGAGAUUUGCGCUCUGGUACAUGGGCUGGUCUGCUCUGGACCGGAGGACCACGUUGCCCAUGUUGCCGUGGCUGGUGGCGGAGAUCCGAAGGAAAAGUGAAAAAAACGAGUCUGGUCCUGCACAGGCCAGGGAAGUUCAGCUGCUCCUUUCACCUCCUCUGAUCCGAUGUGUGCCCGCAAACAGCAGCAACCCGUCCGUCUUCAUAUUCGAGCAUAAAGCACAGUUUAUUUCCAGGUUUAUCCACAACAGUCAUGAUUUAUCUUAUUUUGCCUACCUGAUCAGAAGUCAACCCGACAACCCCGAGUCUGACAUGGCAUGCCAUGUGUUCAAGGCGUGUGAUCCAAACCAGGUCCCUGAGGUUAUUAGUGGCAUCAGACAGGUGUCCAAAACCGCUCUUAAAGAGGAAAGCAAGCCCAAACAAGAGAAUGAUGAGUCCUUCUACAACUCCCAAAAGUUUGAAGUGCUCUACUGUGGAAAUGUAACGGUCAACCAAAAAAAAGCCCCUUCCACUCUCAUCGACGAUUGCAUCGACAAAUUUCGUCAGCAUGGGAUCGAACGCAAGAGACUUAUCAACGGACGGCGCGGCUCUACUGAAGCCCCCGUGGAGUUCAUUAUGGGAGAAGACCCUCUAAGUGCCUCCCUUUGUGAAGUUGAGGAACCUGAGGCCGAAUUGGAGCCUAGCUCGAUUGAUGAGGAGCUGUCGGAGGUGGGCAAUGAGAAACCGGAAUUGCUAAGUGGUCACAGCGCGGGUAACCUGCGAGGAAUUUUUCCCGAAUGCAUCCUAGAGGACUCUGGGUUUGGGGAGCAGCAGGAAUUUCGGACACGCUGUAGCAGCCUAGCCGGUAACCUGCAGAAGAGACCCAGAGAGACUGGCAAGGGGUCGACACGUAGGAGACAUGCCAGCGCACCCAAUAACGUGCAGCCAUCAGACGCUGAUAAGAAUCGUACAAUGCUGUUCCAGGUGGGACGGUUCGAGGUGAACCUCAUCAGCCCCGAUACCAAAUCUGUGGUUCUGGAGAAGAAUUUCAAAGAUAUCUCAUCCUGUUUACAGGGGGUUAAACAGACGGAUCACUUUGGCUUUAUUGGUCGGGAUGUAUUGGAGUCUGGCGCAAGUCAGUACGUGUGUUACGUGUUUCAGUGCGCAAACGAAUCUCUGGUGGAUGAAGUAAUGCUCACCAUGAAACAAGCUUUUUCCACGGCAGCAGCCCUACAAAGCUCCAAGACCCAAAUCAAACUGUGUGAGGCUUGUCCAAUGCACGAUCUGCACAAACUCUGUGAGAGAAUUGAAGGUUUGUAUCCUCCCAGAGCAAAACUAGCCAUUCAGAAGUACCUGUCCGAACUGAGCGACGGCGAACAGGUCAAUGUUUUUGAGCGGGUGCAGAAAAUGAAACCAUCUUCGGACCAGGAGGAAAACGAGCUCAUGAUUCUUCACCUCAGACAGUUGUGUGAGACCAAGCAGAAGUCUCAUGUUCAUAUUGGAGAGGCUUCUCAGAACGCUUCUUCCAACAACACAACCUUUGAUAACUCCAGUGCAGGACGCAAUAAACUGGAUGUGUUGAAGAACAAAGCCCGGACUUCACUGACAAGCUCCCUGGAGAACAUCAUCUCACGGGGGGCCAGCCGUAUGCGGAUGCGUCUUGGAAGCAUGGGAAGUUUUGACCGCGGUGACUCUCCUGGUGACUCUCCACCUGGCACUCCACCCGGUUACCUUGACGACUAUCCAGAUGCCCCGCAGUUCCGUCGGCGGGCGCACACUUUCAGCCACCCACCUAUUAAAAAGAGGAUCUCCUUCCCUGACGUUUCUUCCCAGACCUAUACUAAGGCUCCGCUGCGCAGGCAGCAGUCUUUGGGCCCGGAGCUGUUGCAGAGCAGUCCGGUUGGUAUCUCAAGAGUGCGCAGUGUUUCUGAAAGUGAGUCACCCUUCAGCCUCCACACCCCCACUUUCCUGAAAACCUUUUACCAGGGCUCCCUCGGCUCAUUGGCCUCCCUGUCGGACAACGGGAGUCUUAAGAGUGCUAAUGGAGAGGGUAGGAAGAGAUCUCUGUCAGGCUGUAGCACCGAUUCUUUGACUUUGGUGCCUCCACGGAGAGUUUCUUGGCGUCAGAAGAUUUUCCUAAGGGUAGCAUCACCAAUGAACAAACCCUCAACAACUAUGCAGAAUAUGGAUCACAUGGAUGGCCGGGAGCUACUGCCCCUCUCUCCUCGGUCCCUGGCCCAAGCUCAGGACCCUCGGCUCAGUCUCCUGUCCACAGAGCAGGGUGGCCAUAAAGGCCCCAGUGACUACAGGGCCCUGUGGAAGAAAGCCAUCCACCAACAGAUUCUGCUCAUCCGCAUGGAAAAGGAGAACCAGCGCCUGGAAGCCAGCCGUGAUGAACUGCACAUUCGUAAGAUGAAGCUGGACUACAAGGAAAUUUGUCAGUGCUCCAAAGAGGUUCAGGCCCUGUGGGACAGGAAGCUGAGCAGUCCCUGUCGAACUAAAGUACAGUGGGACAAGGAGGAGAUCCACAGCGCUGUCUGUCAGGGGGUCCCUAAAAGCCGGCGGGGUGAAGCGUGGCUCCUGCUCUCCCAGCAGCAUCGCCUGCGUCACCGUCUGCCACAACGCCAGCAGCCUCCAGAUACAUCUUAUCAGGAUCUUCUCAAGCAGCUCACAGCACAGCAACACGCCAUCCUAGUUGACCUAGGCCGGACGUUCCCAACACACCAGUAUUUUAGCGCUCAGCUGGGUGCCGGGCAGCUCUCUCUGUAUAAUCUCCUGAAGGCUUACUCCCUGUUGGACACGGAGGUGGGAUACUGCCAGGGAAUCAGUUUUGUGGCCGGUUUGCUCUUAUUGCAUAUGAGCGAGGAGCAGGCUUUCGACACCCUCAAGUUCCUCAUGUACGACCUGGGGAUCCGAAGGCAAUAUCGCCCGGACAUGAUCUCUCUUCAGAUUCAGAUGUACCAGCUGUCCCGAUUACUGCACGACUAUCAUCGUAACCUGUACACUCACCUGGAGGAGCAGGAGAUCUGUCCCAGCCUGUACGCCGCGCCCUGGUUCCUCACUCUCUUCGCCUCUCAGUUCCCGCUCGGCUUUGUUGCCCGUAUAUUUGAUCUACUGUUUGUCCAAGGCACAGAGGUGAUUUUUAAGGUGGCCCUUUGUUUGCUGAGCAGUCACGAGGGAGAGAUACUGGAGUGUGACGGUUUUGAAAGUAUUGUUGACUACCUUAAAUCCACCAUUCCCACCCUUACUCAAAGCCAAAUGGAAGAGACAAUCACCAAGGCAAUCGAGAUGGACAUCUCCAAGCAGCUGCAUGCAUAUGAGGUGGAGUACCACGUUCUGCAGGAUGAGCUGUCAGAUGCUCCUCCACCAUCAGAAGACUCUGAUAGACUGGAUAAACUAGAGAAAGCCAAUGUCCAGCUCAAGAAACAAAAUAUGGACCUACUGGAAAAACUGCAGGCGGCUCGACAAAAGAUCCAGACUUUGGAGAGCAGCAUGGAAAGCUUCCUGUCACGAGAGAGCAAGAUGAAGCACAUGAUCCGUUCUCUGGAACAAGAGAAGGCCUCAUAUCAGAAGACCAUUGAGCGGAUGCGUAGCAGUCUACCCCCAGAAGCCAUGACUGAAGUGGAGAUGACACAACUCAAGUCCAGCACCAAUGGAAAAGCUAAAGCGGCCGCUAAAAAGCCUUGAAUUGGCCACAUGUGAUAAAGCACAUCAAAUAUGGUCGGUUUUGGAGAGAUCGAGUCAACAGCUUUAUGUAUGUGCUGUCGCCUCUUCCGCUUCACUACAUGUACUGUACGCAGACCAGACGCGGAGCGUUAAGCAUCAGCGUUCCCGAAUAAGAACAUCUGCUUCUUCCUGGAUUGUUUUCCCAAAGUGCUUCACUCCUGAUUGCCUAAUUCAAUCUUUUCUUGUGCGAUGGACAAACAGAAACGGUUGAAUUAGAAAGCACCUUGUCAUCACACUGUUGAAAAUACUUGAAGAGAAUACAAAAGUAUUUUAUGUCCAAAGACCAUUGUGAGCCGUGUACGAGGGUGAUUGUAAAAUGUGAACUUUUUGACCUGAUACUCAGUCGAGGAAAACCAAAUAUUUACCAGGUCGACUUUUCACUAAAGUGCUUCACCUUAAGUGCAGACAGGAAGUCCAUGUGCUGCUGGGUUUCCUCUGCAUGGUCCGCUGAUAAACAUGUUUGAGGUUUAGACAAAUCAUUGUCUAAGGACAUAAAGAUGAUUCAUUAUUGCACAAUAUUAUGUGUGCUGAAUGCAAAAGUGUGCCUAAAUGUCCUGGUGUAUGACACUAUGCCACAGAUGUAUGUGUGCCAUCUUUCAAAUUCAGAUGGAUAUGAAAACAUACAUUUCAUUGGAUUGUUUUCCUUUUUGAAUGUUUUUUGUUACACAAAAACCUCCACUUGACAUCUGUACAAAUAUUUUUGUAGCGUUGUAUAAAAGUGUAGAGGUCAUGAUGUUCCUCAGCGUCUUGGAGAGUUGCUUACACAGUAGAGAAGCCUGUUAUAUCUGAAACAGUCAGGAAAAUUUUAUAAAGACAUCAUCUUUAUAAAACAUGCUCAUAUCUGAAUACAUUGCCUUGUAGUAAAAUUCUUUUCAUUCAUUUUUUUUUAAAUCUUUAAUUCUAUGUGAUGUCAUUUAAAUUAGGCAUAUGGGCCUAAUACAACAAAACGCUCCACCAAUGAGAAGCUGUUUCUGAAGAAAAUGUUGGAUUGGACAAGAAAAGUUACCGUUUUGAUCAAUCGUCUGAAUGUUCAGUCUUUAUUUUGCACUUAAAGCUGGAAGAUCUACUUGAACACUUAUUCGUGUUUGUUCAGAAGCUUUAUGUCUUCAAAUAGUUUGUUUUGACUGAUCACAGCUCGCCUCUUAUGACAUUUUAAUGAAUGAAUUUGUAACUCAUGGCAGUGUUGUUUUAUUUUUCUUUCAGCUGUUCUGUGUUCAUCUUCAGUAUUACUCUGCAGAGAUGCGGUGUUGAUGCUGGGCUGAUCAUGGUUAGCAGCGUGUAAUCUAGGUGCCGCUUUUGCUGUUUUCCAUUUCUUUUUCAUUUCUUGUCAGAAAUACAUAUCAGACUUCAUGAGAAAUUAUGAGAAUGCAUGUUUAGUCAAGGGCUUUUUUAAGGCAAUACAUCAGUUGCAUAGUUUCAGAAUAUCAGAGGUUGUAUUUUAGCAAUACUUCUGCACCGCAACAAUGUGAAGGAGAGGGGUGAGCGAAGUUUUAAUAAAAAAACGGCAUAAUUAAUAAUAAGGUCACAUUGUCUAACUUUGGUCUUCAUAUAGAAGAAAGAUGCAUCAUCCGAUUUUUCAUGUUUUGUAUUGAAUGUGCCAAAUUCUGUUCAUCUUAAUCGUUUUGUUGAUCAUAUUUUGACAUUGCAUCACGGUAUCACGUUGUAACACUUCAAAGACAAUGAUAGAUUUUGUUGGGCUACAUUUAUUUCAGAUGAAUGAAUCUGAUGAGUUUGAUUCUUGGGUUUCUUGUGAAAUGUGUGUGUGCUGUAUGCAGAUAGCAUCUCAUUGUCUAUCUGAGAUGUACUGGACUUGAUUAGUCCUGUUAGUCCUCCAUACUCAAUUAAAAUCAACGUUUUAUA